AUCACAAAAAGUUGACGACGGAGACCUGAGACCAACCACCAUUCUUCUGGCUUCUCGCAUGGCGUCUCCCGAUUCUCUUCUGUUGACGAAGCUCGUGAGCUUCUUUUUAUCUGCUCUUUGUCUCACCAUCGUGAGCUCGGAAACGCAGUGCCGGAAUUUCAAGUCGAUCAUAAGUUUCGGCGAUUCGAUCGCCGACACCGGAAACUUGGUCGGCCUCUCUGAUCCUAACGAUCUACCUCACGUCGCGUUUCCUCCAUACGGAGAGACCUUCUUCCACCAUCCCACCGGCCGUUUCUCUAACGGCCGUCUCGUCAUCGACUUCAUCGCUGAAUUCUUGGGUUUACCGCUUGUGCCUCCUUUUUAUGGAUCUCAAAACGCAAACUUUGAAAAGGGAGUUAAUUUCGCGGUUGGUGGAGCAACGGCAUUGGAACGUUCCUUUCUCGAAGAGAGAGGCAUUCACUUUGCUUACACCAACGUCAGUUUAGGCGUCCAGCUUAGGAGCUUCAAGGAUAGUUUGCCCAACUUAUGUGGCUCUUCUUCAGACUGCAGAGAUAUGAUGGAAAAUGCUUUGAUCCUCAUGGGAGAAAUUGGAGGGAAUGACUAUAAUUACGCAUUCUUCUUGGGCAAACCCAUCCAAGAGAUCAAAGAGCUGGUUCCAUUUGUUAUCAGUUCUAUUUCCUCUGCAAUCAAGGAGUUGAUCAAUAUGGGAGGAAGAACAUUUCUGGUUCCCGGAGAUUUCCCACUCGGAUGCUCAGUAGCUUAUUUGACAAUAUAUCAAACAUCGAACAUGGAAGAAUACGAUCCUAAAACAGGAUGUUUGAAAUGGCUGAACAAGUUUGGAGAAUACUACAACAAGCAGCUUCAGGCAGAACUCAACAAGCUCCAAAAGCUGUACCCUCAUGUCAACAUCAUAUACGCAGACUACUACAACGCUGUGUCACGUCUUUUCCAAGAACCAGCCAAAUUCGGGUUUAUGAACAGGCCAUUGCCCGCUUGUUGCGGUUUAGGAGGAUCGUACAACUUCACCUUUGGUAGGAAAUGUGGCUUUCAAGGAGUUGAGUGUUGUAAUGACCCUACAAAGUACGUGAAUUGGGAUGGUGUUCAUUUGACUGAGUCUGCUUACAGAUUGAUAGCUGAAGGUUUACUUAAAGGACCUUAUGCGAUUCCACCUUUCGAUUGGUCUUGCCUCAGCUCUGAAAUUAAGAAUAACGGUCUUGAUGAACAACUGAUGUAAGUUGGUCUGAGAGUUGAGAGAUAGAUGAUGAAAACAUGUUUGUUCCAACGUGUUUAAAUGACAUAAGUAAUAUGGCCAAAAAAAUU